UUAAUAAUCACUGGGAGUUCCCAGGUGGCUCAAUGGGUUAAGGAUCUCAUUGCCAUUGCUGUGGCGCUGGUUAGAAAUCAUAAUUAUUCACACAGAACCCCUCCCCAAGCUCUUUCCUACCCUGAGCAUCUGCUCUCACAGGUCCAGGGCACACCUCCCCUGCCUUCUGUCCAGGGUCAUCUGCCCAGGCCAGUGCCCUCCACCCAGACCUCACAGACCUUGCGCAGCUCCCGAAAGUCCGAGGGUUCAGAACCCACCUCCCCACAUGGCUCUGGGAACGGCGUGCCCACUCCCCUCCCCUCUGCUGGCCCAGCCCUUUCACACAGGGGGCCUUCAUGGGACACACCUGGGCUCCCACAACCCCACUGUCCUUUCAGAGUCCCCCCCCACACACCGCAGGGUGUCAGAGGUGGGGGAGGGCCUGGGUGGGUCGCAGGGGUGCAGGGGAAGGGGCGCAGUGGGGGGCUGUCAUGGGAAGCUGGGGAAGGCGGCGCCCCCAGCUCAGGUGAGGCCGGGGUGAGCGGGAGGGCGGGGCCUUCACUGGUGCCGCCCCCAGCCCCGCCCUGUCCGCGAGGCUUUAGGCUCCCGGGGUCGGUUCGCUGCGGGAGUGGGGCCGCGGUGCAGCGUCCGGCAGAGCGCGGUCACUGCUCCCGGGUCUGGGAACCAUGGAGCCCACCGCCAGUGACUUACAGCUGGUGCCCGGGGCAGCCAAGGAUGUCGAAACUGCAGGUGUCACAUGCUCCUGGGCUGCCCUCUCAGCUGUGGUGGCCACCAGCAUCGUCAUUGUCACCCUGGGAGUCCUCAUGGCCUCCCUCUCUACACAGGGCGUCUUAGUGGAGCACACAGCGGAGCUGCGAGGGAUCCGGUUUGCCUGCAGCUUGCAGCAGGAGAGCUCUGAUUACUACCGCAUGCUGACGCCCACCCUGGAGGCACUGUUUGUCAGCAGCUUUGAGGAGACAGAGUUGGAGGCCAGCUGCCUGGGCUGCACUGUGCUGAGUUACCAGGACGGGAAUGGCAGUGUCCUCGUGCACAUCCGGCUGCGCUUCCUGCUGCAGCCCCUGCGGACGCUGAGGCCAGGCCUGGAGGAGGAGUUGUUACAGCGGGGCCUCCAUAGGAGGCUGCAGGGCCACGGCCUCCCCCUGGCCACCUAUGGCACCAUCGCGUCAGUGUGGCUCACAGGAAGCCAGAGGGGGCUGCUUACAGAAAGAGACUUAAAAUCAGGUCGCUGUGUGGGGAAUGCCUUUUCCUGUGGAAACAGCCAGUGUGUGACCAAGGUGAACCCAGAGUGUGAUGACACCGCGGACUGCUCCGAUGGAACCGAUGAGGCCCACUGUGACUGUGGUUUGCAGCCUGGCUGGAGGACAGUCGGCAGGAUUGUGGGUGGUGUGGAAGCGGCCCCAGGGGAGUUCCCUUGGCAAGUCAGCCUCCGUGAAAACAACGAACACUUCUGUGGGGCUGCUGUCAUCAGUGCCAGGUGGCUGGUGUCUGCUGCCCACUGCUUCAAUGAGUUCCAAGACCCCACCGAGUGGGUGGUCUACGCGGGUACCACCUACCUCAGUGGCCUGGAAGCCAGCACGGUGCGGGCCCGUGUGGUCCGGAUCAUCACACACCCCCUGUACAACUCCGACACGGCUGACUUCGACGUGGCAGUGCUGGAGUUGGGCGGCCCCCUGCCCUUCAGCAGGCACGUGCAGCCUGUGUGUCUCCCGGCUGCCACCCACGUUUUCCCACCCAGGAAGAAGUGUCUGAUCUCCGGCUGGGGCUACCUCAAGGAGGACUUCCUGGUCAAGCCAGAGAUGCUGCAGAAAGCCACCGUGGAGCUGCUGGACCAGGCCCUGUGCGCCAAUCUGUACGGCCACUCGCUCACUGACCGGAUGGUGUGUGCUGGCUACCUGGAUGGGAAGGUGGAUUCCUGCCAGGGUGACUCAGGGGGCCCUCUGGUCUGCGAGGAGCCCUCCGGCAGGUUCUUCCUGGCCGGCAUCGUCAGCUGGGGAAUCGGCUGCGCAGAAGCCAGGCGUCCGGGGGUCUACGCCCGAGUUACCAGGCUGCGUGACUGGAUCCUGGAGGCGAUCACCCUGACGAGCAAGCCUCUGGCCCCCACGGUGGCCCCCACCCCCCCUACCCCCAGCACUGCCUGGCCUACCAGCCCCAAGAGCCCAGUGGUUGACACCCACACCAAACCCACGCUGGCCCCCAGCACUGCACCUCUCCACUUGCCCACAGCUUCCAAACUGCAAGAGUGUGGGGUCAGGCCAGCACUGGAGAAGCCCACCCGGAUCGUGGGCGGGUUCAGCGCUGCCUCCGGGGAGGUGCCCUGGCAGGUCAGCCUGAAGGAGGGUUCCCGGCAUUUCUGCGGAGCCACCGUGGUGGGGGACCGUUGGCUGCUGUCAGCCGCCCACUGCUUCAACCACACGAAGGUGGAGCUGGUGCGGGCCCACCUGGGCACCGCAUCCCUCUCAGGCAUCAGUGGGAGCCCCGUGAAGAUGGGGCUCAGGAGGGCGGUGCUGCACCCCCAGUACAACCCCAGCAUCCUGGACUUCGACGUGGCUGUGCUGGAGCUGGCCAGGCCCCUGGUCUUCAACAAGUACGUGCAGCCCGUCUGCCUCCCGCUGGCCAUCCAGAAGUUCCCCGUGGGCCGCAAGUGCAUGAUCUCCGGAUGGGGUAACACGCAGGAAGGAAAUGCCACCAAGCCUGACAUCCUGCAGCGGGCAUCCGUGGGCAUCAUAGACCAGAAGGCAUGCAGUGCCCUCUACAACUUCUCACUUACGGACAGAAUGAUCUGUGCGGGGUUCCUGGAGGGCAAGGUUGACUCCUGCCAGGGUGACUCUGGGGGCCCCCUGGCCUGUGAAGAGACCCCCGGCGUGUUCUAUUUGGCGGGGAUUGUGAGCUGGGGCAUCGGCUGCGCUCAAGCCAAGAAGCCAGGCGUGUACACUCGAAUCACCAGGCUGAAGGGCUGGAUCGUGGACACUAUGUCCUCCCACCCCACGCCACCACUCGCCACCACUCGGACACUCGCCAGCAGUCUUGCCACCAGAACAACAGCUGGCCCCACAGUCCCAGGGAUCACAGCCAGUAGACCCACACCUCUGGCCACCAGCAGGGUGACCAGCCAACCUGCCAACAGGACUGCCACAGCCAUGACCACCACUGCUAGGGGAGAGACACCACUUCCACAUGUCCCAAAGCCCACCAUGGGCAUCCAGCUGCCAGACUGCGGCCUGGCACCAGCCGCAGCACUGACCAGGAUUGUGGGUGGCAGUGCCGCUGGCCGAGGGGAGUGGCCGUGGCAGGUGAGCCUGUGGCUGCGGCGGCGGGAACACCGCUGUGGAGCCGUGCUGGUGGCUGAGAGGUGGCUGCUGUCAGCUGCGCACUGCUUCGAUGUCUAUGGGGACCCCAAGCAGUGGGCAGCCUUCCUGGGUACUCCGUUCCUGAGCGGCGCAGACGGGCAGCUGGAGCGUGUGGUGCGCAUCCACAAGCACCCCUUCUACAAUGUCUACACCCUUGACUACGACGUGGCGCUGCUCGAGCUGGCGGGACCUGUGCUCCGCAGCCGCCUCGUGCGGCCCAUCUGUCUGCCCGAACCAGGGCCUCGGCCUCCCGACGGCGCACGCUGUGUCAUCACGGGCUGGGGCUCCGUGCGUGAGGGAGGCUCAAUGGCAAGGCAGCUGCAGAAAGCGGCCGUGCGCCUCCUCAGCGAGCAGACAUGCCGCCGCUUCUACCCGGUGCAGAUCAGCAGCCGCAUGCUAUGCGCUGGCUUCCCACAGGGCGGCGUGGACAGCUGCUCGGGUGACGCCGGGGGACCCCUGGCCUGCAGGGACCCCUCCGGCCGGUGGGUGCUAACUGGGGUCACCAGCUGGGGUUACGGCUGCGGGCGGCCCCAGUUCCCGGGCGUCUAUACCCGGGUGGCUGCUGUGAGGGGCUGGAUCUGGCAGAACAUCCAGGAGUGACGACUACGUGGCUGCCCGGGCCUGGGACCAGCGAUAUGACGGCGCAGGAGUCAGCCAGCCAUCCCACCCAAGAUGGGGUGUCCAGGUGGCAGGUGGGGGGUGGAGGGGGCUGUGGGUAACUGGGGUGCAGUUAACUGCAUAAUCUGUUCCAAUAAACACAGGUCUGUAGCCUG